AUGUCGUUGUCCACGGCAGCUCGCGUUAGACUCUCUCUCAUAGGUGCAGCCAUCGCGCUGCAGCUCAUGCCGACACCUCUAGCACGUCUUACGGGCACGAGCAGCGGGAGGGGCAUGGCUGAUGCGUGCGAGGAGGCGUGGGCAGCAGAGGAGGCAGCGAUGAGGGCGCUGCAGGCGGUGAUGGGCGAGGUGGCAGCGCUGCAGCAAGAAGUCGCGUUCGUGCGGCAGGUGGCGGCAGUGAAGCACAGUGUGGCAGACGAGGUGGCAGCGAUGCGGGGUGAUGUGGCAGUGGUGUGGGAAUUGGCGGCAGUGAGGAAGAGGGACGUGCAGCGGCUGACAGGCAAGGUGGCAGACCUGAAGAGAGAGAGCUGGGGGGGUGAAGGCGGUGGCUGGUAG